GUCUCAUCACAUCACGUGACAUUUUUCGCAUGCUCACACUCUGUUGUCCUCUAGCGUUCGGCAACUUCUCACCUCAGUUCCUCUCUCUCUCAUCAGUUCAUCCCCUUCUUUGUCUCCCUCCUGACCCUUUUUUUUUUAAAUUUCUUUUCUUCACAGACAAUCCACCCUUGUUCCUCAGCUGACAGCAAAUCGUUCUCCGAUGGGUUCAUCAACUCUUAUCUCUGAUACCGAUGCAUGGAAGGACUUGAAGAGCCAUGUGGAGGACAUCAAGAAAACUCAUUUACGUGAUUUGAUGAGCGACACGGCGCGAUGCCAGUCAAUGAUGGUGGAAUUUGAUGGCAUGUUGUUGGACUAUUCACGGCAGCGUGUCACUGUUAACACCGUGGAUAAGCUCUAUAAGUUAGCAGAGGCAGCUUAUCUUAAGGAAAAGAUUAAACGCAUGUACAGCGGAGAACAUAUUAAUAGCACGGAGAAUAGGUCAGUGCUUCAUGUAGCUCUUAGGGCAUCAAGGGAUGAAGUUAUCUGCAGUGAUGGGAAGAAUGUAGUGCCUGAUGUUUGGAAUGUUCUAGAUAAGAUCCGAGAUUUUUCUGAGAGAGUUCGAAGUGGUUCCUGGGUUGGAGCCACUGGCAAAGCUCUCAAGGAUGUUAUUGCUAUUGGUAUUGGUGGCAGCUUCUUAGGUCCUCUAUUUGUGCACACUGCUCUUCAAACAGAUCCAGAGGCCAUGGAAUGUGCAAAAGGUCGCCAACUACGCUUCCUUGCAAAUGUUGAUCCUACCGAUGUUGUGAGAAGUACUGUGGGAUUAAAACCUGAAACCACUCUAGUUGUGGUGGUUUCAAAAACUUUUACAACAGCUGAAAGUAUGUUGAAUGCUCGGACAAUGAGGGAAUGGAUUUCAUCUGCUCUCGGAACAUCUGCGGUUGCAAAACAUAUGGUGGCAGUCAGUACUAAUCUACUGGUAUCAGUUUCUUGUAUCAUCUCUUAUAUUCAUUUUUGUUUGUUUUUGAUGCAGCUUGUUGAAAAGUUUGGAAUUGAUCCAAGUAAUGCCUUUGCAUUCUGGGACUGGGUUGGUGGCCGCUAUAGUGUUUGCAGUGCUGUUGGUGUUUUGCCUUUAUCUCUGCAGUAUGGUUUCCCAGUGGUAGAAAAGUUCUUAAAGGGGGCAUCAAGUAUAGAUCAGCAUUUCUAUUCAGCACCUUUUGAGAAAAAUAUACCAGUACUUUUAGGUUUGCUUAGCAUAUGGAAUGUUUCGUUUCUUGGAUAUCCAGCAAGGGCUAUUUUACCUUACUCUCAAGCCCUGGAGAAAUUUGCUCCACACAUUCAACAGUUAAGCAUGGAGAGUAAUGGCAAAGGGGUGUCAAUUGAUGGCGUGCCCCUCCCAUACGAGGCUGGUGAAAUUGAUUUUGGUGAACCUGGAACUAAUGGCCAACACAGCUUUUAUCAACUAAUUCACCAGGGACGUGUAAUUCCAUGUGAUUUUAUUGGCAGUGCUAAGAGCCAGCAACCUAUCCACCUUAAAGGUGAGGUGGUUAGCAACCAUGAUGAACUCAUGUCCAACUUUUUUGCCCAGCCAGAUGCUCUUGCUUUUGGGAAGACACCAGAAGAGUUGCACAAGGAGAAUGUUCCACAGCAUCUCAUUUCUCAUAAGACAUUCUCUGGUAAUCGGCCUUCUCUCAGUCUUCUGCUUCCAGCAUUGAAUGCUUGCAAUGUUGGGCAGCUGUUGGCAAUCUAUGAACACAGAAUUGCUGUGGAAGGUUUUAUCUGGGGCAUUAAUUCAUUUGACCAGUGGGGUGUUGAGUUAGGAAAGUCUCUAGCCACUCAAGUUAGGAAGCAGCUUCAUGCAUCUCGCACAAAAGGAGAGCCUGUUAAGGGCUUCAAUUUCAGUACUACCACAUUGUUAACUAGAUACCUGGAGGCAACUCAGGAUGCACCUGUUGACCCUCCUGUUUCCCUUCUACCUCGGAUAUAACUGUUUUCCAUGGAUCCUCUGGCUUCUUGUUAGCUAAAAUCCAUGGUUGUGGCUGGAUGUAUGAUCCUUCUUUGAGUUUUACCUUUUACAACAGAGCUUCAACUGAUGCUUCUCAUGUCUACAAUUUUCCUGAUGAAUAAACCCCUGCAGAGAACUCAGUUUUGACUCUUGUUACAGAAAAAACAAUGGAUUCAAAGUUGGCGUUCUCUUGUUGCAUGGAUAAUCUUUGCUCUUGACAAUCGUUAGUCAUCCAUUAUAUAUAAAGCCAGAAACCAAGAGUUUGUAUCUUUCUAGUUGUUCCGUAAAAUGAAAAUCAGACAUUAAA